AUGAAAAUUGUCGAAUUUCGGCUUGCUAUGCCUUUAACCAUAGAAGAAUAUAAAGUAUGUCAAUUAUAUUUUGUAGCUAAAGCUUCAUUAGAAGACGCAGAAAAUAAUAUAAAUAGUAAUUGUGAAAAAGGUGAUGAGAAUAAUGAUUCAAAAAAAGGAAUAGUAAUAUUAAAAAAUGAAAGUUAUAUAAAUGAGGAUGGUACAUGUGGUCAGUAUACAUAUAAGAGAAUAAAUUUAAUAAAUAAGUUACCAAAGUGGCUAUUAAAUUUUAUAGAUCCUAAAUAUUGUAUUAUAGAUGAAAAGUCAUGGAAUGCAUAUCCAUAUUUAAAAACAGUUUAUGAGUCUAGUGGUUUUCCAAAAGCGAAGAUUCAAGUUGAAUCCGCACAUUUUAAUGGUUAUGACACUGAAGAGAAUGCUUUGAAUUUAUCAGAAGAAGCGCUCUCUUUAAGAAAAGUAAUAUAUGUUGAUAUAGUAAAUGAUAAAAUAUCUUAUAAAGAUUAUAAUGAAAGUGAAGAUCCUUCGUUAUUUUAUAGUGAUAAAGCUAAAAGAGGUAAACUCGAAAAAAACUGGAAAGAAAAUCAUUCUAUUAUUAUGACAUGUUAUAAGGUAUUUACUAUUAAUAUACCUUAUUUUGGUAUAUUCUGUUCAAAAUUAGAAAACUGGAUUAUAUCUGCGCUCAGGGAUAAUAUAUUAAAAUAUCAUAGGAAAGCAUUCUGUUGGAUUGAUGAAUGGAUAGAUUUGACAAUUGAUGAUAUAAGAAAUUUAGAAAGAGAUGUUCAAAAGAAAUUGAAUAAAUUUUGGAACGACUCACAAGACGAAAAUGUUACAGAUGAUAUUUUGGAUGAAGAAAAUAACAAUAAAAACGAAAAUGUAAAAGAUCAAUAUGUUAUACAUCAUAACAAUAAUGAAGAAAAUAAUGAUACACUAAGUAAUGAUAUAAUAGAUUCGUUAACUUUUAAAAAUAACCAAAAAGAUGAUAUACAAAGAAAUAUGUCUAAUGGUAAUAAUAUGAUGAAUAAUGAUAAAAUAUGUAAUAAUAAUAAUAAUAAUAAUAUUUAUUAUAAUGGAAACAUUCAUAAUAACGAAUGUACUAAUAAACAAAAUUUAUCUCAAGGUAAUGAUCAAGGAAGGAAAGAAAUAUCAAAAGACCUGCCCAAUGGAACUUAUAUUACAUCAUCACUAAAUAUGGAUAAUGAUAAUUUAGAUUUUAUAUGUACCAAAUAUAAUGAGGCUUAUGAUGAUAAUGAUAAAGAAAAUAAUAAAGACAUGAAAAAAAAAAAUAUAAAUAUAAAUAUUAAUGACAUGCAAGGAGAAAAGCAAAUCAUUCAAAAUGAAAAUACACUAAAUAAUAAAAUGAUUAAUGUAUAUGGUGAUAAUAAUAUCAAUAAUAUUAAUAAUAUUGCUAGAAAUAAAAGUGUUAUUACUAAAAGUACAUCUCUAUUAUUCCCUAACGAUUUAACCAUAAAAAAUAACCUCAAUGGAAAUCAUAAUAAUGUUAUAGAUAAUAUAGAAAAGAAGAAAAAAAAAAAAAAAAAAAAAAAAGAAAAGAAAAUGGAAUCGGAAAAUUACUUUUUCUUUAAGAAAAAUGAAGAAAACAAAGAAUUUGGUGAAUAUUUAUACAGACUAAAUGAAGGCAUGUUUUAUUCAUGGAAGCUUCGAUACUUUGUUAUAAAAAAUAACAAAUUGUGUUAUUAUGUUAAUCAUAGUAAAAAUGAGCUAAAAGGAGAAAUCGAUCUCCUGAAUGCGCAGAUACAAUGGAUAGGUGAAUAUAAAGGAAGAAAUAGUGUUUUUGUAAUAAACUCCUUAUCAAAGAAUGUUAAUUAUUUAAGUUCAGAGAAUGAAAUACAAACAAAGAAAUGUAUGAUAGAUAUACAAAUGGCUACUUUAAUGAAUAGUGAAAGUGUGAAAAAGAGAGAGAUUAAACAGGAAAAUGGGAAAAUUGUGAGUAAGGGGGUACAAAAUGGAGAUAACAAAGAAGAUGUUGAUGAUGAUAAAGAAGAUGAUGAUAAUGAUGAUGAUGAAGAUGAAGAUACUGAGGAUGAUAAUAAUGAUGAUGACAAUGAUGAUGACAAUGAUGAUGAUAAUGAUGAUGAUAAUGAUGAUGAUAAUGAUGACGAUAAUGAUGACGAUAAUGAUAACAAUAAUGAUGAUGAUAAUGAUGACGAUAAUGAUGAUGAUAAUGAUAACAAUAAUGAUGAUGAUAAUUAUGUGGAUAACAACCAUUACAACAACAAUGAUGAUAACCAUAUUAAUUAUAAUAAUAAAGACACACCGAAUUAUCAUACACAUAAAAACAAAAGAAUAGUUGAUAACAAAAAAUCACAAGAUAUGCCAAAAAAUAAAAAUGAUGGAACUAUAAAUAAUUAUAACUUACCAUAUUCAAAAGAAUCAAAUAAAGAGAUCGAUAUAAAUAAUAAUCAUUAUAAUAAUUAUAUAUGUGUAAAUGAUAAGGACGAAAUUGUUCAUAGUAAGUUAAUUCUUAGCGAUAAUGAUUUAUCACAAUAUCAUAAUGAAGAGAAUAAAACAAUUUCAAAUAACUCACAUUAUAUAUCCACAUUACAAAAUAAUACUGAUCAAUUUAAUGGUAUUUUCGUUACGAAUUAUGAUCAUAUAUUUAACAAGAAGAUGGAAAAAGAAACUUGUUCUUCAAAUAAAAAAAUGAAUAAAUUAAAAAAAAGGAAAAAGAAAAAAGGAUUAAAAAUGAAAACACAAGACGAUAAGAACAAAUUUGUUGAAAGCGCGGUGAAUAAUUAUUGGGAUAAUAAAAUGGACAAAAAUUUUAAUAAAAAAAAUUACAUAACAUCUGAAAAUUUUAAUGACAAAUAUGAAGGUUACUCAGACAAUAAUAAAAACAAUUAUGACAUGUCUUAUAUAAAUGAUGAUAAUAAUAAAGAAAAAAAGAAAAAAAGCAAAAAAAAAAGAGCUUGUCAAAAAUCUGAACAAAUGAAUGAAAAAAGAAACAUAUUAAAUUAUUUUUAUAAAAAGGAUGAUUUAUAUAAUACAUAUAAUAAUAAUUAUGUUGAUAAAUUAUAUAUGAAUAUAGAUCCAUGUGGACUAUAUGAUAUAAAAAAUAUUAUGAGUACCUUAUUAAAUGUAGAAACCAAAAAUGAGCAUGUUGAUACUUUUAAAAAUAUAGAAUCACAUAUUACAAAAUUACCUAUAUUUCAUAAUAAUAAAAUGAAUAAUAAAAAAAAGAAUAAACAUUUAUAUUUAUUUUAUUUUAUUUUUAAUAUAAUAUCGAUUAUGUCAUGUAUGUAUUCAUUUAUAUCAUUAUAUUUAUAUUUCAAAAUAUAUUUCCUGUCGUUCUUCUUGUUAUUCUUUUGUAUAUGUAUUAUAUAUAUAUACAUAUCUAAUCAUAAACCAAUUAAUCAUAUGUAUAAGUGUUCGUUAAAUAUACCGUAUAAUAUUAAUUAUGUGAUUAAUUUCUUGACAAGCCAUAAUAAAUAUCACCCAAACGAAAUAAAUAAAAAGGUAUUUAAAACCAAAAAUGAUAAUAUACAAUAUGUUUAUAGUACAUUUAAUAUUUAUUGUAAAAGUAUUUUGUUUAAAAUAUUCCCAUGUCACAUAUUUUUUAAGCCAAGGAAAAUUGUGUGUACUCAAUUUACUCAGAUAUGUAAUAGCGAUAAUAAUAUAUUAAAAGAUAAAGAAGGCGGAUUGCGUAAAUAUAUAAUUCUGCAAUAUACAAAUAAGAAUACAAAAGCAUUUCUUAAAUCUUUAGAAUUUAAUGAAGAUAUUAAUAAGUUAGAUAUGAAUAUAUAUAAAAACGUAAUAGGUUUAAAACGUAACGAUAAGGAGGAGGAGUUUUUUAAGCAUGGACAGAUUAAAAUUGAGGACGUAAAUAAUGAGAACUUUAAUAAUGAACAGAUGAAAAAUAAAUAUAAUGAUGAAGAAAAAAUGGAUAUAUCAAAAAGUUUAAAAAGUGAUUUUUUAGAAAAGGACCAAUCGCAAGUUAUUACUUCAGAAGAGGAUUCUGAGAUGAAAUCUUCAUGUAGGGAGAAAAAUAAUAAUAUAAGAAUGGGAAUCCCCAAAAUGAAAAACAAUAGUAAUUAUAAUAAAAAUGAUGAUAAUAAUAAUGAUGAUAAUAAUAAUGAUGAUAAUAAUGAUGGUAAUAAUAAUAAUGAUGAAAAUGAUGACAAUAAUUAUGGUAAUAAUAAUAACAACAACAAUAAUAAUAAUAGUGUUGAUAAGUGUAAGGGGGGAAAUACAAAUGAACCAUGCCAUUAUGUUGAUGAUACAAAAAAAUGGUCUAGUGAUUUAAAUCAAAAUAGUGAAUAUCAUAUUUAUAAUAAUUUGAAUUAUAUAUCGGCAUAUUGUUAUAAACAUAUUAAAAAAUUAUUAGACAAUGUAAUAAAGAAAAUAAUAUGUUCAAUUCUUUUGAAAUAUAAAUAUGUAUAUAAAUAUUUUAAAAAAUAUUAUUAUAAUAAAUAUGUAAAUGUUGAUGGAUGUGAUAUUUUUUUAAUACAAGAAAAAAAGGAUAAUACAUGUGAACUUAUUUUUUAUACUUAUUAUAAUUAUAAUAGUUUCUUUUUUAAUGAAUCAAUAAAUUAUACUCGAUGUAAUAAUAUUCGCGAAAAGUUAUUAACAGUUGAUAUUCCUAAAUAUUUUAAACAUGAGAAUAUUUUUUAUUGUGACAAAUAUUAUGUAGAAGAAAAAAAUGAGACAUUAUUAUUUCUUGAAAAAAAAAAAAUCGAAAAAGAAAUAUGUAAAAAUAUAUUUUUUAAUAUUAAUAGUAAUGAAACAUAUAAUAAAAAUAUAUUAUUAUAUAUAUAUGAAUUAACAUAUAAAGGAUAUUUUAAUGAAAAAUUUUUAUCAAGUAUUCACAAUAUAGAUGAUACAUUCUUUAUAAGAAAUAUAUCUAAAGUCUUUUUAUAUAUAAUACAAAAUAUAAAUCUAUAUGAUGUUAAACAGUUUAAAAAUAUAAGUGAAUUUAUAAAAAAUAAAAAAAAUAAAAUUGAUUAUACAGAUGAAUAUUUUAUAUCUAAUAUUAUUCAUAUAAUUAAUACAUUACCUUUAUUACAUUAUACAUUCUCUACUUCACUCAUAUUUCCAAAAAAAAAUGAAAAAAUUGAAUGUUCCUAUGAACAAUCCAAUAUUGAUAUUACACUAAAAAACGAUAAUCCAAUAACUUUUUUUAUAAUAGCAGAAAAUUAUAAAAACAAGACAAAAAUUACCUCAGAACUUAUUUUAAAAACACUAUGUACAUUUGAUCAAAUAAUCAUAUAUAUGCAACAUCAAAUGCAAAUAACAAAUAAAAGUAAUUAUAAUAUUACCUUUAAUUAUCCACACAUUAUAUUAAGAAAUCUAUUACAUGGACAUAUGAACUUUUCUUUUGCUCAUAAAAUGGUUAUCAAGGAUACUCUGAGCAACACUGCAGAAAUUAGGUUUAUUGAUAAGGAUAAAUCUAAUGGAGAGUUGUUUGGGGUUAUUAAAAGGAAUGAACUAAUUACCGAUUUUUUGAGCGGAAAUAUUUUUGAUAAAAUAAUUUUAAAUAAUGAUAAACAAUAUAAUAGUGUCAAGGAUAUUAAAAUAAAUGUAAUACACAAAGAAAAUACCAAAAAUUUGAUAAAGUCCUUUUUUAGAUAA